AUGGGGUGGAGGAAUGCGUUUGACAAUGCGAAGCCAGUGUUCGUGACUAUAUACGCCACUGUAAUAAUUGGGAUCAUCUUCUCGUCUUUGUAUGUGAUAUCGGCCAUUUACUCUGGCAAGUCUGCUGCAGAUUCCACCACCUCCUGGCUUUCCCAUAUAGGUUCUCCUCCUGUAGAGCAAGCACCCAAUGUUUCUCAACCAGCAAUAGUUCAAGCAGUUCCCACACCUUCCCUAGAGCCUCGAAGCAUGUCAACAAGACCCAUUUGGGAAGCUCCUCUACACACAAAGAAAAUGCCAGCCUUGAAGAAAUUUAGACUGAGCAAAGAACUGGUUCAGGAAAGAGUGAAGGAUAACGUCAUUAUUGUGACCUUUGGGAACUAUGCAUUCAUGGAUUUUAUCAUGACUUGGGCUAAACACUUGACUGAUCUGGGGCUUUCUAACAUUCUCAUUGGUGCAAUGGACACCAAACUGUUGGAGGCUUUGUACUGGAAAGGUGUUCCAGUAUUUGAUAUGGGCAGCCAUAUGAGCACAAUAGAUGUUGGAUGGGGAUCACCAACAUUCCACAAGAUGGGGAGAGAAAAAGUUAUACUGAUAGACUCAAUCCUCCCUUAUGGCUAUGAGCUCUUGAUGUGCGAUACCGACAUGGUUUGGUUAAAGGACCCACUUCCAUAUCUUGCUCGCUAUCCUGAAGCAGAUGUCUUGACUUCCAGUGAUCAAGUUGUACCAACAGUCACUGAUGACAGGUUGGACAUUUGGCAACAAGUUGGUGCUGCCUACAAUAUUGGAAUUUUCCACUGGCGGCCAACAGAUGCUGCUAAAAGAUUGGCUAAGGAAUGGAAAGAUAUGCUUCUAGCUGAUGAAAAGAUAUGGGAUCAGAAUGGGUUUAAUGAUCUCGUAAGGAAGCAGUUAGGACCACCUGUUGAUGGAGAGAGUGGACUUGUGUAUGCUUUUGAUGGAAAUCUGAAGCUGGGAGUUUUGCCUGCAAGCAUAUUUUGUAGCGGGCAUACAUAUUUUGUCCAGGCCAUGUAUCAGCAAUUGAGGUUGGAGCCAUACGCAGUGCAUACCACAUUCCAGUAUGCGGGUACUGAAGGAAAGCGCCACCGAUUACGUGAAGGCAUGGUUUUCUAUGACCCACCAGAAUACUAUGAUGCACCAGGAGGGUUUUUGUCAUUUAAGCCAUCUAUUCCGAAGAGCUUGUUACUAGAUGGGGAGCAUAAUGUUAAAUCACAUUUUUCUCUUAUUAAUUACCAAAUAAAGCAGAUAAGGAUGGCACUUGCUAUUGCUUCCUUGUUGAAUCGCACCUUGGUCAUGCCUCCACUGUGGUGCAGGUUAGAUAGGCUGUGGUUUCCCCACCCUGGUGUCCUUGAGGGAUCUAUCACUCGACAACCUUUUAUUUGCCCUCUUGACCAUGUAUUUGAGGUAAAUGUCAUGCUCAAGGAAUUGCCAGAGGAGAUAUUUGGGCCCCAGAUCAAUAUAAGAGAAUACUCAUUUUUUGACAAUCCAUUGAUGCCAAAACAGGUGAAAGAAUCAUGGCUUGAGGUCCAGCUUUGUCAAGAAGGAACCCGAGACUGCGUUGCUUCAAAUACUACCAGCCCAUCAGGAGUGCUGAGAUUUCCAAAGAGAAGCAAUGAAGAAACGUUCAAGACAAUAUUCUCCUCAUUCAAGGAUGUAAAAGUAAUUCAGUUUUCUUCUAUGCAAGAUGCCUUCCCAGGUUUCACUGACAAGGCAAGGGAAGAGAAAUUCAGGAACCGCGUGAAGCGGUACGUUGGUAUAUGGUGUUGUGUGGCGGAACACACUCCUGGUCACAUAUACUAUGACAUGUACUGGGAUGAGAAACCAGGUUGGAAACCUAUCCCACCUCAAACACCAGAGGAUGAUCACCCGCCACCAUAA